AUGCAAGUCGCAGAGAUUCUCUCAGAUAUCAAUUCACUCCGCGUCUGCGUAAGUAUCACGCUUCCUUCCUCCGAGAGGCUGCCCCACUACGACAAACGCGUCCAAGCCGCGUCUUGGACAAGGGACAACCCUACCAAACAAUAUGAUAAUGCUGACAACAUGGUACAGGGUCACAACGAGGCCCUGGCGCUAGUGAAUGUGCACAAAAAUAUCACAGGCUCAGAUUCAACCGAGUCUGGUAGCGCAUCGCCAGAUAAGAGCCCGGCAGACGACAAGGCCGAUCUUCGUCGUGCAAAAGAACUGGUUGAGCUACACUAUGAGGUGAAGGCACGACAUGCCAACGGAACCGUUGAUAUGGAGCUGAGUCAAGCUCGGCAAGAUGUCUGGCGAGUUCUGACAGAGCUGUCGACUGUCUAA